ACACAGCUGACUUGGGGAAAGUCUGGGAAAAAUCGCCCUGCCUUUGUGGGGGCCGGGGUGGGGCUGAGCUACUGUUGAUGAGAAACUUUGGAGAUUCAGUACAUUGGUCUAGACCGGUCCAGACGCUCUUGGCGCGGUGUGGAGAGGAUUUGUGCAAACAUUUCCUCGCUGUACAAAGAGGAAUGCAAAAGGAGGCUGCCUGUGGUACAUCUUGGACUGUUAGACAAAUGUGUCCGCACUUGUGAAAGUCCAGCGAGGAAGAUGAGGCGGGAACCCAGCAGGGCAGGGCCUGGGAGAAGGAGCGUGGGGCCGUGGCCUGGGGUCCGUGUGCUGCCCACCCGGAUCCCUGCUGCCAGGGGCGCCAGUCCUCUCCUCUCCCGCAGGAAGUGCUCUCUCCAGUCCCCUGCGAGGCCCCUCCUUGCUCUGCUGCUUCUGGUUUCCAUCAAGCAAGUUACAGGAUCUCUCCUUGAAGAGACAACUCGGAAGUGGGCUCAAUACAAAGAGAAGUGCCUGAGAGACUUACUCAAGGAACCUUCUGGUAUAUUUUGUAAUGGGACCUUUGAUCAGUAUGUGUGCUGGCCUCAUUCUUCUCCGGGAAACGUCUCCGUUCCCUGCCCUUCAUACUUACCUUGGUGGCGCGAAGAGAACACAGGAAGGGCCUACAGACACUGCUUGGCUCAGGGCACUUGGCAGCUGCUGAAGAACUCCACAGAUAUUUGGCAGGAUGACUCAGAAUGCGCUGAGAACCACAGCUUCAAAGAAAACGUGGAACACCACGCCUUGCUGUCGACCUUGCAGAUGUUGUACACCGUGGGGUACUCCCUCUCAAUUGUCUCCCUCCUCCUGGCUCUCACCCUCCUCUUGUUUCUUCGGAAACUCCACUGCACACGCAACUACAUCCACAUGAACUUGUUUGCUUCUUUCAUCCUGAGAGCUGUGGCUGUGCUCGUGAAGGACAUCAUCCUUUACAACUCUUACUCCAAGAGGCCCAACAAUGAGAAAGAGUGGAUAUCCUAUGUGUCAGAGAUGUCCGCCUCCUGCCGCUCAGCCCAGGUUCUCCUGCACUACUUCGUGGCUGCUAAUUACUCAUGGCUUCUGGUGGAAGGCCUUUACCUCCACACACUGCUGGAGCCCAUAGUGCAUCCUGAGAGGCGGCUCUGGCCCAGAUACCUGCUGGUGGGCUGGGCCUUCCCAUUGCUGUUUGUUGUACCGUGGAGUAUCGCCCGUGCACAGUUGGAGAACACAGGGUGCUGGGGAACCAACGGGAAUAAGAAAAUCUGGUGGAUCAUCCGAGGACCCAUGCUGCUUUGUGUGGCAGUCAAUUUCUUCAUCUUCCUGAAAAUUCUCAAGCUUCUCAUUUCUAAGCUCAAAGCCCAUCAAAUGUGCUUCAGAGAUUAUAAAUACAGAUUGGCAAAAUCUACGCUGGUUCUCAUCCCUUUAUUGGGUGUUCACGAGGUUCUCUUCUCUUUCAUCACUGAUGAUCAAGUUCAAGGAUUUUCAAAACUUAUUCGACUCUUCAUUCAGUUGACUCUGAGCUCCUUCCAUGGACUACUUGUGGCCUUGCAGUAUUGCUUUGCCAAUGGAGAGGUGAAAGCCGAGCUGCGGAAGCACUGGGUCCGCUUCCUGCUAGCCCACCCCUUGGGCUGCAGAGCCUGGGUCCUUGAAAAGAACAUCCGAUUCCUGGGGAAAUGUCCCAAGAAGCUUUCCAAAGGAAACAGCACCAGGACACUGCAGAAGCCGCGACCCUCACCUGGCAGUGGGCAGAUCCUGCAGCUGUCCGUGCAGAGCCUUGGGGCGCUGGGUGCCCGGCCCCACCUGGGCCAUACAGCCUGGCCCUGGGGCAGCAGCCUGUCCGAGAGCAGUGAGGGAGACCUCACCCUGGCCCACACCAUGGAGGAGAUUCUCGAGGAGAGUGAAAUCUAGGCAAGACGCUCUCGCUCUGGCUCUGCUCCUUGGGGACUCCUGAGACAGGUGUGGGAGAAGGAGGCCAAGCCGGACGGAUGUUGUAGGGUCAAGUCAUUACUCUCCCCGUGCACCAGGCCCACUCUGACGUGAAGUCUAUCUUGAGGUUCUUCAUGCUGUGUAUGAAAGAGGCUGUGUAAACACUCACCACUUCUGCCUGCCAUUGUCAUCCUAAUAACCCCCACCGGUGUGUUUUCAAGAAUGACCACCAGCCUCUAGGGCUGGCCCCAAAUUCAAGUGAAUGGAGCCCCAAGAUACAGAAAGAUGUCUGCUAUGAAACAGAGGCCAGUAUCUCUUCCUUUACCCUACACAGCAUAAGGUUUCCACCUGAAGCUAGGCUUAGGGUAUAAAAGGACCACCUGGGAAGGGUUUUAAAUGCAGAAUCCAACUCAUGGCAGAGAUUCUAAGAGAUUUCGUCUGGGACGAUGGCCAGUGCUAGGAGUUGUGUAACAAACAUCCCAGGUAAUUCUGAUGCAAAUGCAGGGUGUGCGGGAGCUAGAAGUCCCCCUGAGCUGGCCAAUGGUGGGGUGAAGGUGGUGGUGUUCUGCAGUCAGCGAUUCAGCUGUGACAUGCCUGCCCUCCUCCGACAGUGGGGAACCCCACACUGCCCACCAGAACCCCACCUCUUUCCUUCUUCUCUCCUCUUCUUCUCUUGUCCAGUCUUUCCUCCCUCUUCCCAUCUCAAUUCUUCAUCCAUGGUCAGCAGAAGUUCUCUUUGAUCUGUAACAAUCGCAUCCUUCCUCAGAGGUUUGGCCCCCGCUCCCAGGGCCCCUCUGAAAGUCACCAUUGGUCCUUUCCUCUUCUUUCUGGCUCCACCUGCCUUUCUGAGCUUGGCUUCCUUAAGCCUUGCUCGCCCUCGCAUCCUCUGCCAUUUUUGGUUGGCCAUUGACACAUGGGUGGCUGCACCUCCUGCUCUGGGAGGUUUGUCCACUACCCUCCCUGCCCCUGGUCCCCGCUGAUAAGAAUUCCACUCCCCUGUGGAAAUGCAUGCUGAACGCUGGAAGGGCCCAGGUAAAGUGAUAGGAUGUGGCUAUUCUGGACACGCUGACAGACAUACUAAGAUGGCCAGGCCUGUGGGACCCAUUUUGCCGAUGGGGAAUCUGAGCUGUGCUCCAGGCCCUGAGUGGAGGGUGCUUCUGGAGGCUGAGGGGGGCCCAGGCAAUCAGGGUCAGGCUCAGUGGCUAAAUUAUAAGGCAAGAGGCUGAAAGAAGAUCAAGGGAGGAACAUCCUACAGAAAGAGGGUGUUAAUGUCCAGGAGUGUCGCUUGCAUAGUGUGUAAAACGUAUGUGUAGGUGGGUGGGGUAUGUUGCCAUAGAACAAAAUACUGCCUUAUAUUGGGGGGAUGACAGGAUACUUCACAAAUAGCUUUGCCAGAUGUAGCAAAUAAAAAUACCUGAUGCUCAAUUCAAUUUGAAUUCCAGAUAAACAAAUAACCUUGUUGUAUAAGUCUAUCCCACGGGACCAUACUUUAUGUAUAAUUCAGUUUUAAUUGCGCAUCCUGGGUUUUACCUGGCAACCUUAUUUUCAAGGAUACUUUGCAGUAGGACUGGGUCUAGAAGCAAGUAAAGGUGCAAAAUUUAAGAGAGUACUAAAACAACCCUCAGUUGUCAAGAUCAGUAAUAUUUUAAUGCAAUGUUUUAAAAAAUGACAUCUGUAAACUACAGCCCAUGGGCCAUUUAUACAAAUAAUAUUUUAUUUGGAACUGGGGCUGGGAUGAGGGUGAGGGAAGUGAGGCCAGUUCACGCGAGUGCGUGGUCUGAUCAUGGCUUUAUGUAACAUUUUCAUACUUUGCUCAUUAUGGACUUUUUAAUAUUAAUUUUUAUUUUUAAACUAUUGCACUAAAAUAUUAUUUAUUUUGAUUGUGGAGGUUUUUCCAUGCCCCCUACCCCUUAAAUUUCGCCUCUGAGGCAAGUGCCCUCCUUGCUCUCGCUCUAGGCCUGCCUCUGCUUUGCAAAAGGAGAGGCUGAAGCAAAGGAAUUAGGCAAGUGCAGAAUGAAGCAAAGGCUUAUUUGUUGGUGUCCAGAUUCUCCAUAAUUCAAUCAUUAAAUCAUACGUCCUUCUAAUGUUGCCUUUCUGCAAAUGUCCCUGAUUUUUCUCAUCAGCCUAUCAGCUCCUAGAAAGCUGAGGCUACGUCAUAUUUCCAGCUUGUACCCAGCACAGCUGGUUCAGCGUAGGUGCACAGUACAUAGGCAUUGAAUGAGACAAGACAGAAAUGUCUCCGCAGCAUUAGAUGCUGUCAUGGGACAGUUAUCCAGGACCCUGUCAUUAAUAAAAGAAGGAAGCUUUUUUAUUUUCACAGCGUUUGUAAAUAUGUACUUCUGCCCUCACUCCACAAAAAGAGUGGCACACACACACUGCUGGCUCUUGUCCUGCCAAUGAUUAAAAUAACAAGUUUAUUUAAUUUGAUUUGUAUGUUGUUGAUUUCACAUUUGUUUCUCACUGGAGCUGAAGGUUUCUCAUGCCCAGCAGAAUUUGGUGCGUUGUUUCUGGCACUAAGGGA